AAGACGGUGUUAACGUCGAUAGUAACCAUUCGAAGCGUUCACUAACCCGAAUGUCAGUCGAUAUCUGCAAACUCGAUGGCCAGGAUGGGAAAGGUCUCCCAAUUCACGUGUCACAGAACGUGGGAUUCCUGGAAACGUAUCGUUACAUCAUGGAGGACGCAGCAGAUCCUAGAGUAGCGGACUGGUUCUUAAUGGGCAGCCCAGUUCCAUUGUUAGGAAUUACAUCCCUUUAUCUGGCGUUCGUUCUUCGUCUUGGUCCACUUUAUAUGAAAAACCGAAAACCGUACAGCUUGAAUAGAGUAAUGAUUUUUUACAACAUCUUUAUGGCAAUCGCGAGCGCUGCGGUAUUCCAUGGGCUGCUCACUUCAGGAUUUACUACAAGAUUGUCCCUAGGAUGCGAGUCUCACACUGUUUCGUACGAUCCUGAAUCUCUUCGCAUGGCUCGAUGGAUAUGGAGGCUCCUAAUAUUGAAAGUCUUCGAGCUCAGCGAUACCGUCAUUUUCAUUCUGAGAAAGAAAUACAACCAAGCAUCCUUCCUUCACGUUUAUCACCACACGUCGACCGUUUUACUUUCGUGGAUAGCGUGUAAAUUUGUUCCAGGCGGCAUGUGGACGUUCGCGAUUAUGCUAAACUGCAUAGUGCACGUGAUUAUGUACACCUAUUAUCUCCUUGCCUGCUUGGGCCCAGAAAUGCAAAAGAGGAUCGCACCUUGGAAACAAUACAUUACGGGAUUACAAAUGAUCCAAUUUGUGAUUAUGGUGUGUCACACGUUUCAAGCUCUGUUACCCUCCUGCGAACCGAAUCGAAAACCAGUGGCUUACAUUUACAUGUCACAGAUUCUUACAAUGUUCUACAUGUUUUGCGACUAUUACAAGAAAUCGUAUCUCAGAAAAAAGACCGAGUAAUGUUUCGACGAGCCACGAGGACGAAGAUCGUUUCGAGAAGAAUAGCAACGUCCAAAGCCGCCAGCCGCCGUAAAAAUUAUAGAUUCCAGUUUUUGUGGUCGACUCUUCAUUAGCUCUUCCGCCCUCGAAAGCCAGGACGCGUGUUCGCGUGGUAAUAUUUCAGUGGACAAAGUCAGAAUCGAGCGGUGGAUACAGCGACGCGUCGUGUGAUACAUCGUACGGACGAUACACACCUAAAAGAUAUUCAUCAGGAACCAAGGAAACACCGUUUCGAUACGAGACAGACCGCCCGAUAGAAGAAUAAAAUUCGUAUAU